AUGCCUUCUAUGACACAAAUCAGACUUCGUGGAAAGGUUGGACUUGAUUGCUUUUUUGGCAGAAUUUUCAUUAGAGUUCGAUUUGGAUUUGGUUUCAGUGUCUAUUCCAAACAAGCAAACGAAAAUGACCCUGAGACAAAAACAGACAACGAAGGAUUACUGGGGGAUGGCAGCGUUGCCAAGAAGACGAAGAAAAAGAAUGCAGUAAAGGAGGCAGUACCUAAAACUUCUAAGGGCGUUAAUGAUGCUUAUGAUCAAGUUGUUGCGAAGAAAUAG